AUGGCGAAUACCAAUCGAUCGAGUACCAUUUGUCGAACAGAAAUCGCAACCAACUAUGACGAUGCUUACUGCGCAAUUUGUUUGUGUCAGCAUGUCAACAAAUCCCAACCAGAUUGCGGGCAUGUCUUUUGUUACCAAUGCCUUUUCGACUGGUGCAAGAUCAAGUUGGAAUGCCCAUCAUGUAAAACUCCAUUCUCGAUUUUUUACCACAGCAUGCACUCACCUGAGGGCUGGCAAAUUUGCAUACCUGAGAAUCCGUUGGUUUCUGAUGACGGUCCAUCUGGUCACUUUGUCGUUCUCAAUACGCCCAUGACUGUUAACGAUGAGUCAGACGACCCUGAAUUUCUUCGUGCAUUUGAAGAAAUGCUGAGCAAUCCUGACUUGCAACGGCACAAUUCUACCGCAGUUGGUUCCCAUACGCAAGGCGAUCAUGAAUUUCAAGGUGCUUUUGGUGCGAUACUGGGCGACCUUGAAUUCCGCCAAGCAUUAUUAAACAGACCUGCAUUGCUUUGAUGAACGCAAGCAUCAACCUGUAGCACAAUUGUCCUAAGACACUGAAUAAAUUUGCUGUUUUGUU